CUUUUUGUUUCCAACCCUAGACAUUCUAAAACCCUCGCACUUGGCUCUUAUAAACUCCUCUCAACGCCGCUUCCUUCUAUUUAGCCAAACUCAUCCUCUUCACCGCCUAGGGUUUCUGCAUUUCUCUCUGCUACAAUGGGUAAGGGAACUGGAAGUUUCGGUAAGAGGAGGAACAAGACCCACACUCUCUGUGUGAGGUGUGGCCGUCGCAGUUUCCAUCUUCAGAAGAGUCGAUGCUCAGCUUGUGCUUACCCAGCUGCCCGCAAGAGGACUUACAACUGGAGUGUCAAGGCGAUCCGUAGGAAGACCACUGGCACCGGAAGGAUGAGGUACCUGCGCAACGUUCCUCGCAGAUUCAAGAGUGGUUUCAGAGAGGGAACUCAAGCAGCACCCAGGAGCAAGGGAGCAGCUGCAGCUACCGCAUAAGGUGCUUAUAGAAGGUCAUUUUGAUCCGAUUUGAGCAAACUUGUUAUAGCUUUACUAAGCUCUUUUUAUGUGUUGGGCAAGUUUUAUUAGUACAUUGUUUGAUGAAGAGUUAAAAGACCUAUUUCUUUAGUAGUUAUUUUGAUUGUAGUUCUAAAUUUUGGACAAGGAUGGUAAGACAACUGUCAUUUGCUCAAGUUUUAAUGAAGUUUUGAUUCUUA